AUGAGUAUCCACAAUUACCCCAUUUUUGACAUGAUAGAGUCAGGUCAGAGGUCUUUGCCAAAGGACAUUGCAGAGGCCGAGCCUUCGGAACGUGCUUACAUGGCUCUCAGAGCCAGUUGCGAUCGUCAGGGCAAUUACCCUUGUAACCUUAUGCAGCGAAAGCAACUGAAAAGUACUACAGAGCGCUAUCGGCGGCAACUCAAUGACGAAGACGACAAGCUCUUCAACCAUGACUUUGAGGAGAUUCAUUUCCAUGAAUUGCAAGACAAGGGCAUAGGUGAUCACAGACGUCCAUUCUGGCUGACUACGGGACAUCUGUCAUUCGAAAUACUCCGUCUGUCCAGAAACAUCUCCAUCAAGAUGGUCGCGAUCCCAUCUCUCGUUUUGUGUACGACUCACGAUUCCUCAUGUCUAUGUCUACCUCAGCUAACAGUUCACAGCUUCAUCCAAGCCGAACAUUCCCGCGCUCCGUUAAACUGCUCUCGCGAUAGCUUCUCACACAUCCUGUCAUACCAUCAAGUGCCUCCAACCUUCAUCGACUUAGUAUCUGCCUUCGGUUUCACACAUUACCCGACCGAUUACCAUAUGACAGGCUUCGACUCUGAUGAUACUCUUGCAGUCAAAGACCCUUCGAAGCUACUCAUGAUACCAACCAUUGGCCGUUCAGGGCGCGAGCACCGUAUGCAAUAUCUCUUGCGGUCUACUGAGCGGGACUAUGCCUCUGACGGGUCUCGCAAGUGGAAUAUCCGACAGACCGCUGUAUACCAUACCUUUGACUUGAUCGAAGGUAAAGCCUUGUGGAUCAAUAUGAAGGCCAACAGUCUACUGGAGGAUAGAAUUAAAGAAGCAACGGCCGACUCUGCGAUAAUGAAUUCCGCUGCGAUGGGUGACCUGGCUGAGUCCUUUUCUUCAACCCUCACCAUUCACCUCAUUUUUCUCGAGUGGUGCGACCAGGAUUGGAGAACGUGUAUUAAUGAUUGCGAGAGUAAGAUUAGGAACAUACUGGCCAAGGCUCAAACAUCGCGAGUCGAUCAGCCUGCCGAGUUCAACGCUUCUGCAAAGCGUGCUUUGGUAAUGAACCAAGCCAAAACAACCGGCCUCAGUAAUCACGAGAAACGGUCCUUUUCGUGCCCUUCGAUCUGGCAGUGGAAGAAGCGAAUCUUUCCCAAAUCUCCAAGUGGCCACGGUCAUCGGGAUUUUAAUGAGAAAGAGCGGUUCCGGUCCGUUGGAGAAGUUGGGUAUACGCAAAGAACGCAGAUCAACAACCUUAACAAUCUUGAUACCUUUUCGUUCGAUAGUAUCCAGCAGCUUCACUACUUAGAGGAGCAACUAGGAAGCUAUCACUUGGUGAUGGAGCUCAACCGUCAAGCUAUGCACGACAUCGCAGAGCGGUAUCGGAACUUGCUAUCUCAUCGCGGUUGCCCGGAAUAUCUCCAAAUACAUUGCCUUGCCGAUGUGGAAGCUUUCAUUCAGCGAGUUGAACGUAUUAAAAAGAAUCUUGACAUUCGCAUGGCUCAAGUAACGUCGUUGCUCGCAUGGUUACGAGACGGAAAAGACCUUGUAAAACACAUGAUAUUGGUCUAGAUUGCUCACUCGCUGAUUGUUUACCUCGCAGCUUGACCGCAUACUUCAAUAUCGGAAUGUACAGAUCGGCCGUAUCUUUACGGAAAGCUCGUUUGGUCAAUCGGAGAAAAUGGAGCGCAUUGCAUACAAGACGGAGAAAGAAACUAUCUCUAUGCAUGUCAUCACUUGCGUGACGCUGGCAUUCCUUCCCGCAAUGUUUGUCGCUACUUUCUUCCAAAGUGGACUGGUGGAAAUAAACCAGAAGGCGACGGGCGUAGAUAAUGCCGUGAUAUUUCACGGAAGUGCCUUCGGGAUCUUCUCUGCAAUAUGUUUUCCCCUCAUGGCAUUUACAUUUUUCUUGUGGAUCAUUGUAUUCAACUAUAUGGCACGUAGAGCACGAAGGCGAAUCACGAUGGAAAGUGUUUGAGUAGAAUGUUGGCUGUUGGGUGCGCGCGGGGAGUUUAGGAAAUUAUCUCAUAUCGAUAAUUCUCUAU